GAUGGACCGAAGGGCCUGUUUGCCUGCUGUGUGACUCAGUGAUCGCCCUCUACUUCCCUCCAUCCCUGGCCAUACUGGCCAUCUCCCCUCUAUCCUUCAGUCCGGAUGAAGGGUCUCGACCCGAAACGUCGACUGUGCAUUUCUCUCCAUAGGUGCUGCCUGACCUGCAGAGUUCCUCCAGCGUUUCGUGUGUGGCUGCAGUUGAUCCCUGUUGAGUUCCAGAAGUUUGAGCCACUCUUAACCGCUGGAAGCUGGAUCCAAAUUUCUUUAUUAAGUGAUAAAAGAAAUUGUGGAAUCAUGUUUUUGUAUAAUCUGACCCUUCAAAGAGCAACUGGCAUAUCACAUGCCAUUCAUGGAAACUUCUCAGGCACCAAAAUGCAGGAGAUUGUUGUUUCCAGGGGAAAGAUCCUGGAGUUGCUCCGUCCGGAUGCAAAUACUGGGAAGGUGCACACACUGUUGACGGUGGAGGCCUUUGGGAUCAUUCGUUCUUUGAUGGCCUUCCGGUUAACUGGAGGUACCAAAGAUUACAUAGUAGUCGGCAGUGACUCUGGCAGAAUUGUUAUCCUGGAAUACCAGCCAUCCAAGAAUAUCUUUGACAAGGUUCAUCAGGAAACCUUCGGAAAGAGUGGGUGCCGUCGCAUUGUACCUGGCCAGUACUUGGCAGUUGAUCCGAAAGGCCGCGCUGUCAUGAUAGGUGCCAUUGAGAAGCAAAAGCUGGUCUACAUUCUGAACAGAGAUGCUGCUGCUCGUCUCACCAUUUCUUCACCGCUAGAAGCACAUAAAGCAAAUACUCUGGUGUAUCAUGUAGUUGGUGUCGACGUGGGCUUUGAAAAUCCUAUGUUUGCUUGCCUUGAGAUGGACUAUGAGGAGGCAGACAGCGAUCCUACAGGUGAAGCUGCUGCUAAUACGCAGCAGACGUUGACGUUCUACGAGUUGGACUUGGGCCUGAACCACGUUGUCAGGAAAUACAGUGAGCCUCUAGAAGAACAUGGCAACUUCCUGAUUACAGUUCCAGGAGGCUCUGAUGGGCCCAGUGGUGUACUAAUCUGCUCUGAAAACUACAUCACAUAUAAGAACUUUGGAGACCAGCCUGACAUCCGAUGCCCCAUUCCCAGGAGGAGGAAUGACCUGGAUGAUCCCGAGAGAGGAAUGAUCUUUGUCUGUUCUGCAACACACAAAACAAAGUCCAUGUUCUUCUUCCUGGCACAAACUGAACAAGGCGACAUCUUCAAAAUCACACUCGAAACAGAUGAAGACAUGGUGACUGAAAUCAGGCUGAAGUAUUUUGACACUGUUCCUGUGUCCACUGCCAUGUGUGUGCUGAAGACUGGAUUCCUCUUUGUUGCCUCAGAAUUUGGCAAUCAUUACCUUUAUCAAAUUGCACAUCUGGGAGAUGAUGAUGAUGAACCAGAAUUUUCUUCAGCCAUGCCCUUGGAGGAAGGAGAUACCUUUUUCUUCCAACCACGACCUCUCAAAAACUUGGUAUUAGUGGAUGAGCUGGACAGCCUGUCACCAAUUUUGACGUGCCAGAUUGCUGAUUUGGCAAAUGAAGAUACACCUCAGUUGUACGUCGCUUGUGGGAGAGGGCCAAGGUCAUCGUUGAGAGUCUUGAGACAUGGUCUUGAGGUAUCAGAAAUGGCUGUCUCUGAGCUGCCCGGUAAUCCUAAUGCUGUAUGGACUGUAAGAAGACACGUGGAAGAUGAAUAUGAUGCAUACAUCAUUGUGUCUUUCGUGAAUGCCACACUGGUACUGUCUAUUGGUGAGACCGUAGAGGAAGUGACAGACUCUGGAUUUCUGGGUACCACCCCUACACUCUCCUGCUCCUUGCUUGGUGAGGAUGCAUUGGUUCAGGUAUACCCUGAUGGGAUCCGUCACAUCCGUGCAGAUAAGAGAGUCAAUGAGUGGAAGACCCCUGGUAAAAAGACAAUUGUGAAAUGUGCAGUGAACCAGCGACAGGUGGUGAUUGCACUGACAGGCGGGGAGCUAGUUUACUUUGAGAUGGAUCCGUCUGGACAACUGAAUGAAUACACAGAGCGUAAAGAGAUGUCAACUGAUGUAGUCUGCAUGAGUUUAGCAAAUGUUCCUCCAGGGGAGCAGCGUUCCCGAUUUCUGGCUGUGGGUCUCAUAGAUAACACGGUCAGGAUUAUUUCUCUGGACCCCUCGGAUUGUCUGCAGCCUCUCAGUAUGCAAGCUCUUCCUGCACAGCCUGAAUCUCUCUGUAUAGUUGAGAUGGGAGGUGCAGAAAAACAAGAUGAACUAGGAGAGAAGGGUUCCAUUGGCUUCUUGUACCUAAACAUUGGUUUACAGAACGGUGUAUUGCUAAGGACAGUGUUGGACCCAGUCACUGGAGACCUGUCUGACACAAGAACCAGAUACCUGGGAUCACGACCCGUCAAGCUUUUUAGGGUCAGGAUGCAAGGUCAAGAAGCAGUUUUGGCCAUGUCCAGCAGGUCAUGGCUGAGCUACUCAUACCAGUCCCGUUUCCACCUGACACCACUGUCCUAUGAAACUCUAGAAUAUGCGUCUGGAUUUGCCUCCGAACAAUGUCCUGAGGGUAUUGUAGCCAUCUCCACUAACACACUGCGAAUCUUGGCUCUCGAGAAGCUGGGGGCGGUAUUCAAUCAGGUUUCCUUUUCUCUGCAGUAUACCCCGAGGAAGUUUGUCAUUCACCCUGAGAGCAACAACAUCAUUGUCAUCGAGACUGAUCAUAAUGCUUACACUGAGGCCACCAAAGCCCAACGCAAGCAACAGAUGGCUGAGGAAAUGGUGGAAGCUGCUGGAGAGGAUGAGCGAGAAUUGGCAGCAGAGAUGGCAGCUGCCUUCUUGAAUGAGAAUUUGCCCGAAUCCAUCUUUGGAUCCCCCAAGGCAGGGAGUGGACAGUGGGCAUCAGUUGUUCGAGUAAUGAACCCUAUUCAGGGCAACGUGUAUGAUCAAAUCCAACUGGAACAGAAUGAGGCAGCUUUCAGUGUUGCUGUUUGUAAGUUUGCAAAUGGUGGCGAUGAUUGGUACGUUCUAGUUGGGGUCGGCAAGGACCUGAUCCUCAAUCCCCGUUCAAUUGGAGGUGGAUUCAUUUACACAUACAAACUCAUCAACAGUGGCGAGAAACUGGAAUUCGUGCACAAGACAUCCAUUGAAGAUGUUCCAACGGCCAUUGCCCCUUUCCAGGGCCGUGUUCUGGUGGGUUUGGGAAAGCUCCUGCGCAUCUAUGACCUGGGGAAGAAGAAGCUGCUGAGAAAAUGUGAAAAUAAGCACAUUCCAAAUUUCAUAGUGGCAAUCCACACCAUCGGACAUAGGGUGAUAGUCUCAGAUGUGCAGGAAAGCUUCUUCUGGAUUCGUUACAAAAGAAACGAGAACCAGCUUAUCAUCUUUGCUGACGAUACAUUACCCCGCUGGAUCACCACGGCUUGUCUGUUGGACUACGAAACCAUGGCCGGUGCUGAUAAAUUCGGCAACAUUAGUGUGGUGAGAUUGCCACCAAACACAAGUGAUGAUGUUGAUGAGGAUCCCACUGGGAACAAAGCAUUGUGGGAUAGAGGUCUUCUCAAUGGAGCUUCCCAAAAGGCUGAGAUCAUUGUUAAUUACCAUGUGGGAGAAUCUGUGCUUUCGCUGCAGAAGACAACAUUAAUUCCUGGCGGUUCAGAAUCUCUUGUGUAUACAACACUCUCUGGGGGCAUUGGGAUCCUGGUCCCAUUCACGUCACAUGAGGACCAUGAUUUCUUCCAGCACCUGGAGAUGCACAUGAGAUCAGAACACCCUCCCCUGUGUGGUCGUGACCAUCUGAGUUUCCGCUGCUACUACUUCCCUGUGAAGAAUGUAAUCGACGGUGAUCUUUGUGAACAGUUUAACUCCAUGGAUCCGAUUAAACAAAAGAGUGUGGCAGAAGAGUUGGACAGAACACCCGCCGAGGUGUCCAAAAAACUGGAAGACAUCAGAACACGUUAUGCAUUCUAAAGUGUGCUGUGUUAAUUAACUUGUGCUGGUGUCAUUAACUUGUGCUGGUGGCAUUGUACAAUGCCAGGAGGUAGAAAGAGCAAUAAUGCCAGCACUCUCGCCAUUCACCCAGCUGAAGUUUUAUCCAUAUUGAAUGGACUGUAACCUUCUCUUGUAAAUAUGGUUUUGUACAUUAAAAAUGUUUAAAGAUUUUGUUGAGUGGGGGGGGGGCACAGGGUUCGAGGCUGGAUAUAAUGUUUUUGCAAGCGCUUUCGGAGGCUGCUGUGUGAUUAGCAGCCAUUUUCCUAAGACAAACUGUUGCUUUUCAGUUGUGGCUACGGUAGAAUAAAAUCCCUGUUUU